GGUAGAUCUUUGGUGCUGCAGCUGCAUGUCAUGAAUUGAAUGAAAGCAGGCACUUGAGCAACUAUGUGUGCACCCAGUAAAAAGCACAAUGUAGGAGCAUUAGUAUGCUAAUGAGGUGCGGGGCGACAGGUGGCCCGCUAGACAGCUCAAUUAAGCAGCUCGUUAAAGGCCAAGCUAACGAAGCGGCCUGCACUGCAAGCCUCAACAAACAAUGUGACUGUGCAGGCUACAAAUUGGUUUCUUGAACACUCUUCCUGACUGCCAUUGGUUGGAAAACAUAUAGCCCUGACCCAGUGUUCCUGUAUCAGGCUUAUCAGGAUGCAGAACAAUGUUUUGAUAGCACCUCAAGGCCAAGGUGAAAGGAAAUUGAAUGUGCCAAAAAGAACAGAUGGGUUGGUGAGAAGAGAAUAAAGGAACAAAAAGUUUCUGCAAAACAGAGGAGUAUAAUUAUGGUUAUACCACGGUAUGCGUAAGAUCCAUAUGGAAACUGGAAGAAGAGCGUUUUGAAACUUGGAAGGAAAUUCAGAACAAAUCAUGGAAGCUUGAAAAGAAGAAUGGAAGAAAGGAAGUUCAGUCCAAGCUUGCGAUAGUUUGCAGAUCCUCUUCAAAGUACUUCAGAUGACAAGGGACCCCUCUUAAAAACACAAGCCUGAACUCUUCAUUGGAGGGAAGAUUAGCAGGAUUAAGACUGGCUCACAUAUGCUGCUCUUCACUAUUGGCAUUCAACACAACACAAGCCCAACUGCCACCCAGACGGGGAGGGAAAGAGAAAGACAGAGGGUUUUAGGACCCCCACCCACUGGAGCUCAUUGGUUCUUGACGGGCUGUCGGAAAAGCGUUGACAUUGUCCCGCUGACUUGCCCCCGGGUGAUGGGGAGGAGGGACCUACUAUAAAAUAGCCCUCGUCACUCUCGGGCGUGCCAAACACAAACAGUGCACGAGUGAACUGGAAUAAGGAGUGAAUUCUGCAAAGCCACACACAAGCACGCGCUUGCACCUGCUACCGGAAUAUUGACAUCUGCGAGAAUCAUGGACUCCGACACGAGCCGAGUGUCCAGUAGACCUUCUUCUCCUGAAGGCGACGAUCUCUUCCUUUCCGCUGUCAAGAAGUCCGUGGGUUUCUCCGGCGCCGUCUCCUCCACGCAGAGCGAUUCUCCUCCGGAGUUAAGAGGCGCAGACCUGCGGGGCGUCUCUAGCGCCGACGAGGACUCGAUGUCUUUGAAGAUGCUCUCCAAAAAGGACCGUAAACUUCUAUCCGAGUCCGAACUGCAGAACAUGCGCCUCAAGAUCAACAGCCGCGAGAGAAAACGCAUGCACGAUCUCAACAUCGCCAUGGACGGGCUCCGAGAGGUCAUGCCCUAUGCCCAUGGGCCAUCCGUGCGCAAGCUCUCCAAAAUAGCCACCCUGCUGCUCGCGCGCAACUACAUCCUUAUGCUGAGCAACUCGCUGGAGGAGAUGAAACGGCUCGUGAGCGAGAUCUACGGAGGAGGGAGCGGGGCUCAUCACACCGGCUUCCACCCGUCCAGUUGUGGCACCCUUACGCACGCGGCGGGCGCUCCGUUACCGGGUCACCCCGCCGCUGUCUCGCAUUCGUCUCACCCGGUGCACCAUCCUCUGCUUCCACCAGCAGUCUCCACUGCCGCAUCUCUCUCCGGCCCGGGUCUCUCAGCCAUCAGGCCGCAUCACGGACUCCUCAAGGCACCAUCAGCCGGCGCUGGUUUCCAGCACUGGGGUGCGGGGAUCCCGUGUCCGUGCAGCAUGUGCCAGGUUCCUCCGCCUCACGUGUCCGGUAUGAGCACCGUCAGCAUGCCACGACUGACCAGUGACUCAAAAUGAAGUACUGAACUUUGAUAAAAGAACUCUGAGUUGCAACCAUAGACUUUUAUAUAUUAAAGCUGUAUUAUCUCGUGUUUUUCAGUUUAUGGCUGAACAAUUUGUUUUUGGAAAGCACAUAUAGUUCUGAAGCGAAGAAAAUGGAUCAAAGCCACUAACAUAGAAUUUUCUAACACUUUAGCUGUAUUAGGUUUACUAUCCAUGUGCAUUUCUGUGUAUAAAGUUUGUGAAAAUGGCCUACCUUACUCUUUUUAGCCUUCAAACACUGGACUGCUUUACAAAAUAAGCUUAAUACGAAACAGAUUUAUAGCAUUCAAUUAAGAAUAAAUUAAAACUUACAAUUCAUGCUGCAGUUAAAGAGGGCUAAAUAGUUUAAUGAGCCAUUAAUAUUAGACGAAAUUAUACAUUAAAAAGUCCCAUAGCUUUGGAAAAUGUAAUGGGACUGCACUGUGUAAAUAUGUAGAUAGCAUUUGUACAGUUUGAGAGAUUUUAUAUUACCUUCCCCAGUUUAUGUUUGGGGUCAGAAUUCAUUUGCCAAGCGCUGUCUGUAACAGGAAAGAUGCACCUGUUCAUUCCUGCACUGUCUUUAUCUCUUCCUCUCUCCCUUUAGUUUUCUGGCUUUCUAUCUUUAUUUUUAUCUCUUCUUUCUGCACAAGCUUACCUGUCAUGGCCGAUGCGAAGAAUGAUCAACUUUUAUUUUUUUAUAAUAAAGUGUAAAAUGAUAUUUAUUUACUUAUUUUGAUGGUAUUUUCAAAUUAAUGUGCGGUGAAUGUUUGAGUCCUAACUGUAAAAUAAAUGUUUUAAAAUGA